CUCCCCUUUCUAAACUCUGUACCGUUCCUAAUUGUGCAACUCUAAAAAGGGGGAGGAUUGUUGGGUGGAUGGAAAAAUGGCCUGAAACGGGACAGUCAUGGUUUUUGAUGAGUCAGUGUCUGUCUCUCUCUCUCUCUCUCUCUCUCUCUCUCAGUACCGUCCCUCAUACGUGACUCCUCAGCAGUAUCAGGUGGCCAGUUCUCCUGGUUUCUAUCCCGGCACAAGUCCAGCUGAUUACGCUGGGGCGUAUUACCCCACCCAGCCCCAGUUCACGCCCCCCGUUGCCCCGGCACCCGUCAUCAUUAACCCCGCCCCCCAGCAGCAACAGGCCCCGCCCCCUCAACAGCAGCAAGCUCCGCCCAGACGGGAACGCAAGCAGAUCAGGAUCAGAGACCCUAAUCAGGGAGGACGUGACAUCACAGAAGAGAUCAUGUCAGGAGGUCGCAGUGGCUCCACACCCACGCCUCCACAGCCCAAUGGUGACAAUGCCACACCUGCAGUCGCCAUGACAACCAGAGUGGAGUUUCCCAUCCCUCCAGGCGAAAGCCCGAUACCCGAUGCCCUGCCGACUCCGCCCCCUACCAGUCCGAUAAGCGAUACGGUAGAUGCUCCACCCCCAGCGCCUGCAGACGACACCCACACAACGCCCACUGUGGUGGAACCACCCGCCUCGAACGGUGCCGAAGCCACACCCACUACAAGCAAAGAGGAGGGGCCUGUGACUGUAACACUGCUUGUCGCUGCCCCCCAGGCGGAGCCUUCACUGGAAUCACCAAUAGUGCAGCCCGAAGAGCUCCAGCUGUUCAACGGCGUCCCAGCAGGCUCCGCCCACAGAGACAUCAGUCCUAUCGCCGAGCCGGAUGUCGCGAAAGAAGCGCUGCCGUAUACCGCCGAUAUUUCUGAUAGGAUGGUCAAAGAAAUCCCUUCUCAGGUUGUCAAGGAGACUCCCGUUGAAGUUAAGGAAGUGCUAGCCCCUGUUUUCAAGGAGCCUACUCCUCCGGUUGUCAAGGAGACCCCCGCUCCUGUCGUCAAGGAGCCUACUCCUCCGGUUGUCAAGGAGACCCCCGCUCCUGUCGUCAAAGACAUGGCUGCUCCUGUCGUCAAGGAGACCCCCAUUCCUGUCAUCAAGGAGACCCCCGCUCCUGUCGUCAAGGAGACCCCCGCUCCUGUCGUCAAGGAGACCCCCGCUCCUGUCGUCAAGGAGACCCCCGCUCCUGUCGUCAAGGAGACGGCUGCUCCUGUCGUCAAGGCGACCCCCGCUCCUGUCGUCAAGGCGACUGUCCCUGUGGUUGCCAAGGAAACACCUACACCUGUUGAUGCGGAAACCCGUCAGAAGGUCACCCAGGAGGCUGUUGUCAAGGAAAUGCAUGUUGUCACGGAGACCCCUGUCGAAACUCCUCCUGUCAUCGAGGAAACACCUUCACUCGCUGCCAAGGAAACCCCCGAACCACUUUUCAAGGAAGCCACUGACCCUUCAGAGGUCAUUUCUAAAGCCACGCCCCCUCCGAUGGAAGGGCAUGAGGACACGCCCACUACACAGACCACUCCCUCUGAGAGUUCUAUGCAAGUGGUUUCUGUGCCAAAGAAAAAGAGAAAAAUGAAAGACCUGAACAAGAAGGAGGCGGGAGAUCUGCUUGAUGCCUUUAAAGAGCCCACACCCCCUGAGCCAGAGGCCACACCCCCAGUGAAGGCGGAGCCUGAGAGCCCCGCCCCCGUGGUCCCGCCCCCUGCAGAGGACGUGGAUGAGACGUGGGAGGAGAAAGAAGAUAAACUUGAUGCUGAAAACAUCAAACCGCAGAGUCCCACCCCGAGUUCUCCCACCGAACAGAAAUACCAGUAUAAAGAAGAUCAACUUGAUGCUGAAAACAUCAAACCAGAGAGUCCCACCCCGAGUUCACCCACCGAACAGAAAUACCAGUAUAAAGAAGAACAAUGGAAACCGCUGAGCCCCGAGGAGAAGAAGAAAUACGACCGAGAGUUUCUGCUCGGCUUCCAGUUCAUCAGCGCCAGCAUGCACAAACCUGAGGGUCUGCCGCAGAUCUCAGACGUGGUGCUGGAUAAGGCCAAUAAAACUCCUCUGCGGCAGCUGGAUCCGAGUCGUUUGCCCGGCAUGAACUGUGGUCCAGAUUUCACGCCUUCGUUUGCUAAUCUCGGCCGUCCGUCAGCCGGGGGGCGUGGCCCGCCGUCUGGUCUGAGCGGUCCUCGUCGUUCAGGUCAGGGUCAGCGCGGGAAGGAGCCGCGGAAGAUCAUCGCGAGCGUUUCCCUCACCGAAGACGUGCAGCUGAAUAAAGCGGAGAAGGCCUGGAAACCGAUGGGGAAGCGCAGCGGCCGCGCCGACGAGGACGAGCCCGAGCCCGACUUCCUGACGACGCAGGAGCUGUUCAAACGCGUGCGGAGCGUGCUGAACAAACUGACGCCGCAGAUGUUCCAGCCACUGAUGAAGCAGGUGACGGAGCUCACCAUCGACACCGAGGAGCGUCUGAAGGGAGUCAUCGACCUCAUCUUCGAGAAGGCCAUCUCUGAGCCCAACUUCUCCGUCGCCUACGCCAACAUGUGCCGCUGCCUGAUGGGGCCGUCUGGUCUGAGCGGUCCUCGUCGUUCAGGUCAGGGUCAGCGCGGGAAGGAGCCGCGGAAGAUCAUCGCGAGCGUUUCCCUCACCGAAGACGUGCAGCUGAAUAAAGCGGAGAAGGCCUGGAAACCGAUGGGGAAGCGCAGCGGCCGCGCCGACGAGGACGAGCCCGAGCCCGACUUCCUGACGACGCAGGAGCUGUUCAAACGCGUGCGGAGCGUGCUGAACAAACUGACGCCGCAGAUGUUCCAGCCACUGAUGAAGCAGGUGACGGAGCUCACCAUCGACACCGAGGAGCGUCUGAAGGGAGUCAUCGACCUCAUCUUCGAGAAGGCCAUCUCUGAGCCCAACUUCUCCGUCGCCUACGCCAACAUGUGCCGCUGCCUGAUGGGGCUGAAAGUUCCCACCACGGAUAAACCCGGAGUGACGGUGAAUUUCAGGAAGCUGCUGCUGAAUCGUUGUCAGAAAGAAUUUGAGAAGGACAAAGAUGAUGAUGAAACGUUUGAGAAGAAGCAGAAGGAGCUGGAUGCCGCCUCAGGGGAAGAGGAGAAGCAGAGGUUGAAGGAGGAGCUCGAGGACGCCAAAGACAAAGCCCGGCGACGGUCGCUUGGCAACAUCAAGUUCAUCGGCGAGCUGUUCAAGCUGAAGAUGCUGACGGAGACCAUCAUGCACGACUGCAUCGUGAAGCUGCUGAAGAACCACGACGAGGAGAGUCUGGAGUGUCUCUGCCGCCUGCUCUCCACCAUCGGGAAAGACCUGGACUUCGAGAAGGCCAAGCCCCGAAUGGAUCAAUAUUUCAACCAGAUGGAGAAAAUUAUUAAGGAGCGGAAAACCUCUUCCAGAAUUCGCUUCAUGCUGCAGGACGUUCUUGAUUUACGACGGAAUAACUGGGUCCCGCGGCGAGGAGAUCUGGGGCCGAAGACCAUCGAGCAGAUCCACAAGGAAGCAGAGCUGGAGGAGCACCGAGAGCAGGUCAAAGUUCAGCAGCAGCUCCUGUCCAAGAAGGACAGCCGCAGUGCAGGAGCUGGAGGAGGAGGAGGAGGAGGAGGGAUGGGGCCCCGUGGAGGCCCCCACACACCCGGUUCCCGUGGCAACCAGGCCCCUGAUGACGGCUGGAACACGGUGCCCAUUUCCACCAAGAACAGACCCAUCGACCCGACGCGCCUCAGCAAGAUCACCAAGCCGGGCGCUUUGGACUUCAAUAAUCAGCUUCUUGCCCCCGGAGGUAAAGGCUCGUGGGGCAGUUGGGGCAAAGGCAGCAGCGGAGGCUCAGGAGCCAAACCCAGCGACAGCGCCCAGGACUCUGGUCGUACCAGCACUUUGAAUCGAUUUUCAGCACUUCAGCAGCCUUCCUCCUCUUCUUCAUCUUCAUCCGCCAACAUCGACUCUGACAGGAGGGCUCCUCACAGGUCAGAGGUCACACACAGGGAUUCUGGCUGGACAGGCACUAAUGCUGUUUGUGUGUGUGUCGUGCAGCCGGGCGCUUUGGACUUCAAUAAUCAGCUUCUUGCCCCCGGAGGUAAAGGCUCGUGGGGCAGUUGGGGCAAAGGCAGCAGCGGAGGCUCAGGAGCCAAACCCAGCGACAGCGCCCAGGACUCUGGUCGUACCAGCACUUUGAAUCGAUUUUCAGCACUUCAGCAGCCUUCCUCCUCUUCUUCAUCUUCAUCCGCCAACAUCGACUCUGACAGGAGGGCUCCUCACAGCACUAAUGCUGUUUGUGUGUGUGUCGUGCAGCCGGGCGCUUUGGACUUCAAUAAUCAGCUUCUUGCCCCCGGAGGUAAAGGCUCGUGGGGCAGUUGGGGCAAAGGCAGCAGCGGAGGCUCAGGAGCCAAACCCAGCGACAGCGCCCAGGACUCUGGUCGUACCAGCACUUUGAAUCGAUUUUCAGCACUUCAGCAGCCUUCCUCCUCUUCUUCAUCUUCAUCCGCCAACAUCGACUCUGACAGGAGGGCUCCUCACAGGAGUAGCUCCAGUCGGGAACGCAGCGAUCGCUUCGAGCGGAUGGACCGGAACCGUCCCGCGGUCGGCAAGCGCAGCUUCAGCCGGGAAAAGGAGAGGAGUCGAGAUCGAGAGCAGCGUCCCGCUGAGAUGCUGCGGCGCGUUUCCAGCAUGACCGACGAGAGAGAACGAGAGCGCAGCAACGUGAAGAGAGAAACUGUUCCCACUCCUCCACCUGCUUCAUCCAAACCGGAGCUGACGGAGGACGAGCUGGAGAAGAAGUCCACUGCCAUCAUCGAGGAGUAUCUGCACAUCAAUGACAUGAAGGUACACACACUCGCACACGCACACACGAAAAUCACCUUGCUGUUGGAGGUGCUGGAGGUUGCGGAGGACAUGGCGAUAGAUAUCCCUCACAUCUGGCUGUAUCUGGCUGAGCUCAUCAGUCCCAUGCUGCACGAGGGAGGGAUUCCCAUGGGGCCGCUCUUCAGGGAGGUGUCUAAACCGCUGGUGCCUCUUGGGAAGGCUGGAGUUCUGCUGGUGGAGAUCCUCAAGCUGCUCUGUAAAGCAAUGAGUCUUAAGACGGUGGGAGUGAUGUGGAGAGACGCGGCGCUGAGCUGGAAAGACUUCCUCCCCGAAGACGAGGACGUCAAUAAAUUUGUCACUGAAGAGGGAGUGGAGUUCACUCUGGGUGAGGAGUGUGUGAGGAAGAGCAGUAAAGGGACUCUGAGUCCAGAAGACAUUUCUAGAGAGAUGGAGCGACUCCUGCAGGAGAAAGCAGACAACCAGAGGAUCUUUGACUGGGUGGAGGCCAGUCUAGACGAGCAGCAAACAUCAUCGAGCACGUUUGUCCGAGCGCUGAUGACCACCGUCUGUCAGUGUGCCAUCAUCUGUGAGAAUCCAUAUAAAGUAGACACUAAAGAAAUUACCCAGAGGGCCAAGCUGCUGCAGCGCUACAUUAAAGACGAGCAGAAGGAGCUGCAGGCGCUCUACGCUUUACAGAGUCUGAUGAUGCAGAUGGAGCAGCCACCAA